AUGGGUAUCCAACGCGACGAUCGAACAGCCGCCGCAGGCUCAUCUAGUGUCUCUGAUCCACUGGUGCAAAAGUUUGGGCAGCUUCAUGUUCUGGAUGAUCUCAUACGCCUUCGCGCUGCGGAUGUCAUUCAGCAGCCCAUCCUUGCUUAUCCUCGAAAUGAAAAAGAUGCAGCAUCCUAUAACUACUAUACCGGGCGGGACUUGGACGAGAUGAUAGACCAUACUGCUGCAGUACUCAUGAAGCAUGGUUUCAACCCACCCAAAAACGACGCAUGCUCCGUGGCUCUUCUGGCCCUUUCCGAUAUUCACAUGGUCGUAACGUUCUUUGCGUUGAGCCGACUCGGAUACACAGUCAUGAUGCUCUCCCCACGCCUGUCAGGGGAUGCAUGCGUUUCCUUGCUGGACACAGUGCGAUGCGAGAAUGUCAUUUACGGCAACACUACCAGCAUCCGCACUACCAUGGGCGAGAUUCUUCAACGAAAACUCAUCUCAUGUCGCCCAAUGCCAGCUAUUUCACUCGAAGAUGCCGAGACAUCAUUCCUCGUCCUGCAUCGUAAUCGAAAUCCUGAAACACAAAAGAACAAGAUCGCUCUCAUUCUCCACUCCUCGGGCUCCACCGGAACCCCAAAACCUCUAUACCUCACCCAUCGCGCUUUAAUGACACACCCUCUCCGAGGGCCUGGACUGACUUCAUUCAACCCGCUUCCAUGGUACCAUUUGCAUGGACUUUCCACUGCAUUGCAGGCCAUGUGGAUGAGAAAGGUGGCGUACUUGUGGAACGUUGCACUGCCUUUAACGGCACAAUCUGUGGCCUCGGUCUUGGAGGCAGCCCGACCAGAGUCCGUGGCCGCCGUGCCAUAUAUGCUGCAGCUCCUGGUAGACAGUCCUCGCGGCAUUGCGGCCCUUCGUGAGUGCAAGCUUGUCACAUAUGGUGGUGCUCCGUGCCCUGAUGAGCUCGGUGACCGUCUUGUGCGCGAGGGUGUGCAGUUUGGUGGCUCGUUUGGCUUGACCGAGGCAGGACUUGUCGCUGAAUCAAUAUCAAGGCCGAAAGGUGACCCUUACUGGAAUUACUUGAAGUUUUUCGACAACAUUAGACCCUAUAUUUGGAUGAAACCAAUUGGGGGUGGGCUAUAUGAAUGCGUUUACCUGGCAGGCCAUCCAGCAUUGACGGCCUCAAACUCAAAUGAGCCCCCAGGCUCAUUCCAUUCGAAAGAUGUGUUCAUGCCUCAUCCCACAAUCUACAAUCGAUGGAAAUACGCGUCCAGACUCGAUGACCGGAUCACGCUUAUCAACGGUGAAAAAGUCCUUCCACUUCCCAUCGAAGGGCUCAUCAAGCAGCAUCCUCUGGUACACGAAGCAGUGGUUGUGGGACUAGGCAAGGCUACUCCGGGACUUCUUCUCUUCCGUUCACAAGAAACCGAGGACCUCAAUCUUUCAGAUAAAGAUUUUCUUGGCGCCAUUUGGUCAAUAAUCGAGGAAGCCAAUUGCCGCGCUGAGCAAUUUUCUCAAAUAUCUCGAGAUAUGAUCGCUGUCCUUCCCCUUAGUUCGCACUUUCCCCGAACAGAUAAAGGGUCAAUGAUUCGAGCUCAGGUUUAUUCUUACUACUCUCAACUCAUCGAGGAGCUAUACUCUCAUUCCGAGAGGAUCAGCGGAAAUCUUCAGCUCGGCCUCGCCAGCACAAAGUCGUUCUUGAUGAAUAUCUGUCAUGAUGAACUUCGAGUCCCUCUCUCCGACAUGGACGCAAAUUUCUUUGCCGAAGGAAUUGACAGUCUAAAGGCAAUCCAUCUUCGACGGCUAAUUUUACAAAAUCUAGAUCUGGGAGCCCAAAGCUUGGGAUUGAACGUGGUCUAUGAGACUGGAAGUAUCGCGCGCCUUGCAGCACAUAUCUGUGGCGUUCAAUGCGGAACACAUGAGCCAUCAGUUGAUGAAACUAAAAAUCUGAUGUCGGAUUUGAUUGGCACGUACUCUACUUUCUCACCUCAUUCUCCUCGGACCGGUUUUUCCUCCGAUGUAAAGGGUGUGGUUCUUACAGGCUCAACUGGAUCAAUCGGUGCUCACACAUUAUAUGAGCUCCUACAAGACGAAUCCAUCACUGCUAUCUUCUGCCUCACCCGACGCAGAUCACCACUUGAAGCCAUUCUGCACAGUCUUAUCGACAAGGACCUACAUAUCACAGCCGAACAGGCAUCUCGAAUUAUUGCAUUGGACAGUGCGCUUGAUCAGCCAAAUCUCGGUCUGGGCCAAACCAUCUACCAUGAAAUGCAAAACUGCGUAACCCAAAUUAUUCACGCAGCCUGGCCCGUCAACUUCAACCUCCCACUCUCUGAAUUUGAACCACACAUCCAAGGCCUACACAAUCUGAUCCAACUCUCCCUUUCGGUCCACCAACCUUCACCAGCUGUUCUCCUAUUCUGUUCCUCAAUCUCGACCACCCUCCAGUCGCCUUCGCCAAGCAUUAGCGAAUCCCCCGCCAACCUAACGGACGCCUACAUGGGCUAUGGACAGUCCAAAUUGAUCGGCGAACACAUUGUCAGCGUUGCACGCGAAUCAGGGGCCCGAGCCUAUUCGCUUCGGAUCGGCCAGGUGUCAGGUCACUCAAAGAAGGGCCUGUGGAACGACUCGGAGGCGCUGCCGCUGCUCAUUCGGUCAGCGUUGACUUUAAAAGCACUGCCCGAUCUCAACAGCCAGUGUUCCUGGCUCCCGGUCGAUAAGCUCGCUUCUACAAUUGUCGAAUUAGGCAAGACAUGUUCGAAUCUUGACUGGGCAGUGGGUGCUGGUGCAAGUAAGACAUCGGAGGGUCACACACAUGGCGCCCUGUCGGCGGCGGCCAAGUCUGCCGAUGACUCGAUCUACAACGUGUGUAACCCGUGCGGGUUUGCAUGGUCGACAUUGCUAUUGUCAUUGGCUAGGAAUGGGUUCCAAUUUGAGACCGUCAGUUUUGAAAAAUGGAUGCAGUUGCUUCGAGAUAGCGAGGCUCGUGGCGAAGAGCUGGUCAACCCUGCCGUCAAACUGAUUGAUCAUUAUGAGGCAGUGCAUGGUGAGAAAUCCUUACUGAGUCCGAAAAUUUUCAUGACGGACAAGGCCGAGCGAGAUAGCAUUACCCUACGGAACGGACGGCUGAGGAUGGUCGAGGAUGGGAUUCUAAAUUGUUACGUGCGAGACUGGCUCAACCGAUGGAUGCGGAGUUGA